AUGAUCCUGAUUGACUUGGGUGAUGACCAAGCUGUGGGUCAUUGGUGUGAUAGAGAGGCUGGACUAGUGGGACCUUCCCAAAGAGCCCUUAGAGAAGCCAAGGAACAGAAAGUGCAUUCUGCUGUUAAUGCACGAGAUUCAACCAAAGACACAGCAAAACAGAUGAGCAAGAAAUAUCCAAAGGAUUCAGAAUUUCCUGAAGGUAUCCAAGUAAAUCCAUACCUUGCUUGUGCAAAAAAAUGUGUGCGGCCAUUGAAGUCUGGAGUAUAUAAACUGUGCAACACGUUGAAAGUUCAUGAUUUGGCAGUGACCUGCUUGGCUUUACAUCCAAGGAAAGAUAUUGUUGUCACUGGAAGCGAUGAUCGCUUGUGGAAAAUGUGGGCCUUUCCUAAUGGGAACAUUAUUGUGAAGGGUGAAGGUCACACAGAUUGGCUUUCUGGAUGCUGCUUCCAUCCAGG